AUGCACGGCGUCGCUGUCCAACAAUGCACCUCGCAUCGCGCCCUCACAAUAACCACCCGCUGUUGUCAAGCCUCCAUCAAACAGGCACCUCAUCGAGACCAACAACGACGUCGACGACCCCCACAUGGCCUGUGUUGUGGAAAACCUCGGAUCAAAAGAUGUUGUUGCGUCUGGCUUGUUCCAAGUCCAUUUCUUCGCAAUCUUCCCACGCUGUCGCUCGCAACGCCGGAAACGCAAGAAGUAGCUAGGCGAAUAAUCGAGUCAUCUCUGCGUAAACGGGAAUGGGCUGCAAAUUUCAAAACAAAGCUGGAUUUGAGGAGAAGGUUGCUGAUAGCCUUCACUGAGCGUCAUGCUCGACUGGUGUUGUGGAGAUCAGCGGCGAGAGCGCCGUCACCUCCUCAUAAUUCUCAUCAAAGCUUUUCCCACGAAAGCCGAUAUGAUUCCACACAACUACAACGUCCAGAUAUCCGUGACAUUGCCGAGCUCGCAAUCACAAGUUGA